CACUGUGUUUGUGUAGUUUAAAAAGAACAAUCCUUCCAAUAUUUUGUUGUCUCCUUUUUUUGGCGGAUUAAGUGUAAGUGAAGAAUAACCACUCCAACAGAUGGCUGCCCUACUCAACUUUUUCAAACAAGCUUGGACCUCCAUUGUUAAAGUAUUUACAGGGUGUUCUAGUAAGAGUGAUGAGGCUCCAACAACGACAACCUUGGAUAUUAGCACUGCUGUUGAUAGUGAAACGACCACGAUAACCACCCUUGAUACUGAACUAAUUAGCAGCGGUGGUGGUGGCAAAACACACGCAGACCUCCUUGGUGCCGAGCUAAACACUAGUAGCGGAACGGGUGAGAAGGACAUACUUGCUACAAGUAUGAUCAGCAGCGGUGGUGGUGGCCAUACACAUGACACAACUCUUUGAGCAAAUUGGGAGCUCGAGACUUAUGUUACCAUUUAUAGUAAAAGAUUGUGGAAAAUAUUAGGGUAAAGUACUGAUUGAACCUUCAACCAGUGUAUCCUUUUAUGUAUUUGUGCGUGUGUAUGUUUCUAUUUGCCCAUAUUAAUUGUUUUAUAAUGAAUGCAUCAAUUAUUGUCUAAA